GAGAGAGAGAGAGAGAGAGAGAGAGAGAGAGAGAGAGAGAGAGAGAGCGCCAAUAGAGCGAGGAGCGGCAGCGGGUUCAGCCGUGCGGGAUCCAUCGUUCGAUCGCAUCCAUCGGAUCGUCCAUCCAUCCUCGGCGGACGCCUGGCGAACGAAAGCUCGAAAACGAAACGCAGCCCGGAAGAGGAGCAGCUUCGUCGUUCAUCAUUGGGAAACAGGACAUCCGGAAGAUAUCUCGUUGGCCGCGUGCUGAGAAGCCGUCUUCAUCCGUUCGCUUCUUCUUCUGCUCGCCGGCGCGUUCGCCCCAUCAGAGAGGAUAUCGUCGAUGGAUACUGAUAGUUUCCCCGUAAGAAGAUAGACGCGCUAGUUCUCCGCUCCUUGCCCCUCGCUCACCGGUGGUCAUCAUCACGAAUACCGGCCGAUAGAUAGUAAUAGUUUCGCCCAUAACAAGAGGAAGAAGAGGAGAUGCGUCGGUCGGCCGCGCUCAGCGGUGUUUACCGUCGAGGAUACUAUCGAUAGAUCGUGAUAGUUUUCGCGCUACCGCCCCGACCGCUGGAGAAAGAGAAGCAGAAGGAGGAGGAGGAGGAGGAGGAGGAGACGGAGGAGGAAUAAGAGAGGAGAUCCAGGCGUGUGAAAAGUGUAACGCGAAAAGUGGCAAAGCCGCGAGCGGAUCGACGCCGAUCACCUCGAUAGUGUCGGCGACUCGGAACGACGAUCGACCGGUUCGUUUGACAAGGAUCAUCGACGGUGUUUCGUGAUUCCUGAUCCUCACUGCGCGCCGUUGCCCCGGGCAACAGCUUAGUGGCUAGUGAACGGAGUUUCACGUAUUGUUUAACACCGUGAUCAACGAACCGGUCUUAACGUCCGAUUCGAAUCGAUUUGCGCGGAUAUUUCACGGCGUUUGACAAAGAAAAUCGGCCGUUCCUCGAGGGGCAGCGAGAACGAGCCGGUUGCUUAACCCCUCUCGUGUGUUUUAGCCGACCUUUCCCUCUCGUUCUCGAUAGCGCACUUAUCAUCGGCUCACAGGAGGGGGCAGGGGGGACCUGUGCGGCGCUUUGUGCGGAGAUAACGCGAGAGAGUAGAGGCCUCACCUCGGCCUCGGCGAAGGAUUAAUGUCGCUAUCGUCGGCCGCGAGACGACGAGAGAGUGACGGCCGGCACGACGCGACGGAAUGACAUAAUUGAAGAAAGCGGCCGCGUCCGAGCCCGUUAUUAACUGGUAAUGAGCGGGUGUCGAGAGAGGAGUAAAAAUGCCCUCGAAAGCAAGCGUCGGGCUCGCCUCGCCGCCAUGAAGAUUAAAUGACGCUACGCCCUCGAGCUUCUCGGCGUCGCCUUGAAGAACAAGAGGAAGACUGUCGUCGCUCUUGAGUCGGUCUUGGUCCUCUUGGACUUUGACACCUCGCGUUGACCUUUGCGCUGUAUUAUCAUCGGUCUCCUUCGUAUCGUACGCGCGUGUGCGCGAGCGCACGCGAUGAUUCGCACGAUGAUGCGGCUGCCAUUCGCGAAGUGACGGCUAGUCGGGGGAGUUAAUAAAAGUGAAGUCAUGUCGUCGAACGGCGAGUUCUCGACGAUGUCCAGCGAGGAGGUGCCUUCGCUGCCGAAAUCCCUGCCGAGCUCGAGGGAGGCGACCGCCGAGGGUGGUUCCGGCUCGAGUGGCGGAUACAUGCCGCUCCGCGAGUUCCUUGAUCGAUUCUCGUUGCCGAGGGUGGUGAGGCUCGAGGGUACCGGCGGCAGACCGGUGCUGCUGUACAAGCAGCAGCAGAGAUCGCUGAGAGUCACCGCGAGCCUGCUGAUACACCGAUACCGGCAUGACGUCAAGGUGGGACCAGAGAUCGUCAUCCCGGAGGGUUACCCAGGAUGGUUUUCUGUGAUAUCUGGUAGCAAUACGACGGGCAGCGCGCGCGUUUACCGCAGGAUGGACUCUCUGGUGAAGACCGGGGUGCCCGCGUUUCUGCUGGCGACUCCUUUGCGCGCCUAUACCCUGACGCACUCGAAAAUGGAGAACGGGAACCUGCGAGCCCACUAUACGAAGACGACGAUCCGCGCUGGCGAGAUUCUUCGACUCGUGGCGGUCUUCCAGGACACCAGGCGGUGCAGCUCGGUCUCCUUCGGCAUCUCCGGCGGCUGUCCCGAAAAGGACCAAUAUGCGCAAUGCAUCGAUCUUCAUGGACGGGAGGUGUUCGCCUCGCUGUCGACCAGGGGCGAGUUCUACGCGAUCUGUCAGAACGGUAACGUCGACACCGGCGGCGACGCGAUGCUCUACAAGGUUCAUCAUCUCGCCAAGCGGCAGCUGCCUCUCAGAGUGCGGCUGAUAGCAGGACCGCUGCCUGUGCCCUUGCCAAAAGAGUACGGCGGUCUGAUGCAGUUGGAGACGUCGACGCGCGGCCCGAUAGUCCUGGGAUGUAUCGUCCCGGAGAGACCGGUGCAUAAUCCGGAGAUGCUCGAGUUAGUCGUGUGCGGAAACGGAGCGCCGAGGGUUCGAAGGGCACGACUGGGUUACCCCUCCGAGGCGAGACUGCUCGCUUCCCCGAAGAUGCAGCGGUUACUGGCGGCCUGCAGUCGAGCGGUCGGGGACCGCGCAACGGAACCGCGAGUGGCGCCCGUGAAGCUACACCCGGCGGCGACCGGCGACAGCCUGAGGGAGAUGCAUCUGAAGAAAAUCAAGCCGAAGCCGGAGACCAAGCCGAUACUGCAGAGCUUGAAGGACGGGUUGGAGCACCUGAGGAAGAGCACCGCCACGAAGGAACGGAACCAAGCGAAGCAGAGCACCGGCAACGGCGGCAUCCUCGAGAGGAUCUCCAAGCUUGCCCAAGGCAACCGGAAUCGCAACCCCGCGAAGAAGUCGGCCUCGUUCACGUUCGCGGUGAGGCCGGAGAUCGCCAUGAGAUCGCAGGAGCGUUACUCCAGUCUGGAGCCGGAAACUACCUCUCAUCAGGCGCACCGUCAGAGCGCCGCCAAACAACCCGUACAGAGAUCGGUCUCGACCAGCGUGCUGGAGAUCCCAGCGUGCGUCGAGCUGCAGCCCAAUUAUUCCCGGGUGAGGGACAGCUUGACACCGUUGCCGUCCCUGCCGAAGCUGGUCAGGAGUAACAAGCCCGAGGAGAUCUACGCCGAGAUCUGCGACACGACGGCGAGCAACCAGGUGCAAAAAUGUCCGGGCAGCCAUGUGAUGGCGCGUAUCAGGAUCGUCGUGCAGGGUAACGAUACGCCUAUGGGAGCGCGCGGUCCGAUGCUCGGCAACGAGAGAUACGUGAACUCGAUGGUGACGAGCGAACAGAUCGACUCUAUCAUCAGCACGGAGGACGAAGUGAUUUACAAUACCGUGUUCUGAAGCAAGUUCGAGUGCGAGUAGAAUGCGUAUGUGACGCUUGCGUCCCGUCGUGAGCGCGGUCGCACGUGGACGAGGUAGUUUCAAGUGUCGAGCUCGAAGCAGCGACAAGUGAAGUAGUAUCCUAACGAGUAGACAAACGGGCUGUGUUCUUCGAUCGACUUUCCAAUAUAUCCUGCUGUCACGAAGUGUACUUUAAUACGUAAGGACACGUCAAGGAGACAUGUACAACUGCCUUUUGUAGAGAAAUACAGAAAUUCUCUGUACAUAUCUCUGCCAUACGUUAACGUACUAACAUUACUGCGAUAAGGAAACGCGAACGUAUAUUAGAACGUACGUUCGAUUAGUAUGACGAAUCGCUCAAAUUAAUUAAGAAUGUAAAGCGUAACUCGCGCGUCGAAAUGAUUUUUGUCUGAUUUCUCUGGCGAACCUUGCCGCAGGUGAAAAUUAAAUAAAUGAUAAACUGGCAAUGUAAAAAGAUGCAAGACAUUGGCCCCUCGUCUGUGUUGUACUAAAAUACAUUUGCUCUAGACUUUUUUAAGCUUCUUCGAUUUUUUCAAUGUUUGCGAGUGGUUUUCUUUUAUUCAAGGCACGGUACUAUUUUGUUAUUUGAAGAUUCUAUCACUUUCUUCCGUCAGUUUGGAGAUUCUUUAAGUGUCGCCGUUGCUGCGCAAUAGCGUGCAGAGGUAAAGGAUUGCGCUUGAGUAUGUUGAAGAGAGUGGCUAAUCUUUUCACACAGCCGAUCCUGUUAUCAAUAUUCUUUUGCUGAGCCUUUUCAAA